AAAGGGCACCCGUGUGCAUCGCUGAGUCUUUCGAAAGAAAUCGGCAGAGGACACCUGCAGCUGGACCGGUACGAAGAAAACUGAAAAAAUGGUGCCCCUCUGGAUUUUCUGCUUUCUUUUGAGCCUGACGACGGUCGCGGUUUGCGACGACUCGAACACGACGACCGAGCCUGCUGCCGCCACCACCACGACCACCGUUGCGAACGCCGACACGAAGGAAGCGUCGCACUGUGAAUGCAAGCUGCACGACGAAACCCGGAAACAAAUGCGGCAUUGCAAACUAAAGUACCAAGCACCCACCAAGACUCAAGCCAUCAAGGUGCGCAAGGCCGAGCGCCAGGCGUUCCUCAACUGCACGGCCGAGCACGCCCGAGACAUGCAUGCCACGGAGUACAUCGAACGGCUCUUCGACGACGACUCCUACCGCAAGGAGAUGUACCAGUGCUAUUACAAACAACGAAAGGCUACAAUGCUGGAGAGAGGCCUGGCACCGGAGCUGUCUAACCGGGCGUACAGGAAAUGCCUCGCUGACGCCAUGAAAACCAGCGGCAAGAAAAUCUGAAAGAAUAUGGGGCGCGGGGACCGAAAGGGGGGAGCUAUAUAAUGACUGUUUCAUUCGGAGGGGUUUCCUUUCGGAGCCAUAACGGGACGCGGGCGGCAGACAGCUUGACAUCCAAGGCAGAAGAGACCACGAUCCUACUCAUCGAAAGGAACUCCACGUCUAAACUCGCCAGCUGCACUCUUUAACACGCCUUUAAAAGAAAUAAUAUUUUCACAGUUUUGUACGUAACGGCAGUUUUAUGGUUUUCACGUGUGACCAUAGUGUCGGGUUAUAUUGGGUAACGUUAAAAAGACCGAAAAGUGCCGCUGGUAGUUAGGGCAAAGGAUGAGAGCACGACUGCAUUUUAAGGGCGAGGAAGGUUUUACGCAGAACACUCAACGGCCCCCGUUUGGUAACAUGGCACGAAAUCACAAGUUGACUUCUGGUUCUUAUGAACAGACCCUGUCAAGAACAUGCACCAACGCACUAAUUUUAACCAGCGUCAUGAGAAACAGAACACAAAGAUUUUUUCCUCACGAUAUAAAUCCACCCAAUCAUAACAUGACCUUUGCACUUGCAUACCAAUUAUGCAUGCACACGCAGAGGAGAUUUUUAUAGGUAGGGUUAGCGCACCACCACGGAGCUCGACGUCCAAAUGGGAACAUCAAUUUGCAACUAUGCAGGGUAACUGAUGCAAGAAGAUACAUUCACUUCUUAUUCGCGUUAGGAGCGUUAUGAAUGCACGCCGAAGUAUAGCCAGCUGUAUACAGUCGUCAUGCAAAGGUGCAACCAUUGGCAUCUCACGUGGCUGACGAGUGCCUUGGUUUCUAGAAGCACCGUUUCGACUAACAGAAACGCAACGAACAGCAAUAAAGGCUUUUUGUGCUCGCUCG